GUUUUCAAGGAGGGUUACCCCAUCUUGUCGGGGGCGGCCUCGCCUGAGCUGCUUCUGGAAUGGGACAUAAACCUAACUCAAGUUUUCAAGCAUUCCCGCUGAGUCGUCUGGGAACUGGUGGGAGUUGGGUCGGGGAAUGAAGGCUGGUAAUAUGCAGGGCCGGUUGCUCGGAGAAAGAUCCUCAACUGUUAGGAUUUUUGACCUGGCUCCGGCAGGGGACAAAAUGUAUGCUUUAAUCGACAGAUCUAGAGACAGUGGCCCCGAUGGAAUGGAGCCCGAAGGCGUCAUCGAGAGUAACUGGAAUGAGAUUGUUGACAGCUUCGAUGACAUGAACCUCUCAGAGUCCCUGCUCCGAGGCAUCUAUGCCUAUGGUUUUGAGAAGCCCUCUGCCAUUCAGCAGCGAGCCAUUCUUCCUUGUAUCAAGGGUUAUGAUGUGAUUGCUCAAGCCCAAUCUGGGACUGGGAAAACUGCCACUUUCGCCAUAUCAAUUCUGCAGCAGAUUGAAUUGGAUCUAAAGGCCACGCAGGCCUUGGUCCUGGCUCCCACUCGAGAACUGGCCCAGCAGAUACAGAAGGUGGUGAUGGCAUUAGGAGAUUACAUGGGUGCCUCCUGCCAUGCCUGCAUUGGGGGCACCAAUGUACGUGCUGAAGUGCAGAAGCUACAGAUGGAGGCUCCCCAUAUCAUCGUGGGUACCCCGGGCCGUGUGUUUGAUAUGCUUAAUCGAAGAUACCUUUCUCCCAAAUACAUCAAAAUGUUUGUACUGGAUGAAGCUGAUGAAAUGUUAAGCCGUGGAUUCAAGGACCAGAUCUACGAUAUAUUCCAAAAGCUCAACAGCAAUACUCAGGUAGUUUUGCUGUCAGCUACAAUGCCUUCUGAUGUGCUUGAAGUGACCAAGAAGUUCAUGAGGGACCCCAUUCGUAUUCUCGUCAAGAAGGAAGAAUUGACCCUGGAGGGUAUCCGCCAAUUCUACAUCAAUGUGGAACGUGAGGAGUGGAAGCUGGACACACUGUGUGAUUUGUACGAAACCUUGACCAUCACGCAGGCAGUCAUCUUCAUUAACACCCGGAGGAAGGUUGAUUGGCUCACUGAGAAGAUGCACGCCCGAGACUUUACUGUCUCCGCCAUGCAUGGAGAUAUGGACCAAAAGGAAAGAGACGUGAUCAUGAGGGAGUUCCGUUCUGGUUCUAGCAGAGUACUGAUUACCACUGACCUACUGGCCAGAGGCAUUGAUGUGCAGCAGGUUUCUUUAGUCAUCAACUAUGACCUUCCCACCAACAGGGAAAACUAUAUCCACAGAAUUGGUCGUGGCGGACGUUUUGGCCGAAAGGGUGUGGCUAUUAACAUGGUGACAGAAGAAGACAAGAGGACUCUUCGAGACAUUGAGACCUUCUACAACACCUCAAUUGAGGAGAUGCCCCUCAAUGUUGCUGACCUCAUAUGAGAGGGCUUUGUCCUGCUACCUUGCCUUGGCCAGGGUCCAGUCCUGGGGGGUGCUGAGGAAGAGCAGGAGGGGGGAGGGAAGGGAGCCAAGGGAUGGACAUCUUGUCAUUUUUUUUUUUUUUUCCUUUUGAAUAAAUGUCACUUUUUGAGGCAAAAGAAGGAACCGUGAACAUUUUAGACACCCUUUUCUUUGGGGUAGGCUCUUGCCCCAGGCGCCGUCUCUUCUCCCAAAAAACACUAAUCCAUUUCCCGAACCUAGUCACCUCCAGACCCCAGAGGCUCUCCCCACCUGAGCCAAAUUCCUCUGAAAAUGAUUCAAUGGGUUAUGUCAUUCAACCCCAGUUGCUGGACCAAAUCUAGAGGGAUAAUCCUUUAGUGAGGUGGCCCAGGGUUUUGUUCCUAGGUGGGGGGAGCAGGGGAGAGAAAAAUGGUAGCCAUUUUUACAUUGUUUUGUAUAGUAUUUAUUGAUUCAGGAAACACACAAAAUUCUGAAUAAAAUGACUUGGAAACUGC